GCCCCCCGCGGGGCGAUGGGCGGAGGGAGGCGCGGAGCCGCCCCGCCGCGGGGGCCCUCUCGCCCAGCCCCCGCCUCCCUCCGCCCACCCAGAACCGCCCCAAAUCAAAGUGUCCCGAACCCCCGAACCCGGGCGGAGGGAGAGGUUUAUCCGGGCGGUCACCAUGAAGAGGAAUAAGGAUGGAGUGGAGAAGCCCUGCAACAAAGGCUGAGACUUUAGUCAGGCUGGCCUUCCUGGGGCCUAGCUCUAACUACUCUGUCAAACCUGGCAGUGCAACAUGAUUAAAAUGAGGAGGAAGAAACUGUGGGCAUCUUGCUUCUGCUUUGCAGCUGCCUUUUUCCUUUUCAUGACACUGCAGGUUGUCACUGAACUGGGCAAUUCAGAGAAUAUGGUGGCAGUAAUCUCCAGUUUACACAGUGGCCCAUUAAAGCCUGCGGAGAGAUAUGCUUUUCAAUUUAAGAAGCAGGAACUUCACAGCAGCCUGAAGACAGAAUCUAAUGUAAAUCACUACCCCAUCCUGCUCUGGUGGUCUCCCCUGACUGGAGAGACAGGGAGAUUGGGUCAGUGCGGAGAGGAUGUUUGCUUCUUUACCAUCAACAAGACCUACCAGCACAAUCAGAUGACGAGAGCAUUUCUGUUCUAUGGAACUGACUUCAGUAUAGACAGCCUACCGCUCCCUCGUAAAGACUACCAUGAUUGGGCCCUUUUCCAUGAAGAGUCACCAAAAAACAACUACAAACUCUUCCAUGAACCAACAAUCACCUUAUUCAACCACACUGCAACAUUUAGCCGCAAUUCUCAUCUACCCCUGACCACUCAAUACCUUGAGAGUGUAGAAGUCUUGAAAUCACUGACGUAUGUGAUCCCACUGCAGAUUAAGAACAGCCUGAGGAAGAGGCUUGCACCACUUGUCUAUGUGCAGUCUGACUGCAACCCUCCUUCUGACCGAGACAGCUAUGUGCGUGAGCUGAUGUGCCACAUUGAAGUAGACUCUUAUGGGGAAUGUCUACAUAACAGAGACCUUCCUCAGCAUCUCAGAAAUCCAACUGCCAUGGAUGAUGGGAACUUCUAUAAAGUACUGGCACAGUACAAGUUCAUUCUAGCUUUUGAAAAUGCUAUCUGUGACGAUUACAUCACUGAAAAACUCUGGCGGCCACUGAAGUUGGGAGUGGUACCAGUGUACUUUGGAUCUCCCAGCGUUGUAGACUGGCUUCCUAGUAACAGGAGUGCAAUUCUUGUGUCUAGUUUUUCUCACCCUCGGGAGCUGGCUCGCUAUAUUAAAAUACUAGAUACAAACGAUCAAGAAUAUGAGUCCUACCUACAAUGGAAACUGAAAGGGGACAUUUCCAACCCCAGGCUGCUUACAGCAAUGAAGGAACGCAAGUGGGGAGUGCAAGAUGUCACCCAGGACAAUUACAUUGACACCUUUGAGUGCAUGGUGUGUAACAGAGUGUGGGAAAACAUACGAAGGAAAGAAAAGGGAUGGCUGCCGCAGAGGUGGAAGGCUCAUGUUAACCAUCUGACAUGCCCCAAACCAGAGGCAUUCUGGUUCUUGUCUUCAAACCGUGGCUGGACUUCUCUCCAAGAGAUGUGGAUACCAAGCUAUGAGCAAUCCAAGAAAGAAGCCUGGGCGCUGAGGCAGCUGGUGGAAAGGAACAGGAAUUUUACAGCUGAAGAGUUUUGGAUGCUUGUGUUCAGAGAAUAAACACAAUAACCUGUAAAGAGGAGUGAGCUCCUCAGAACAUUCUGUGGAAUUUUCUUAUGUAGGUAACUUUACUAUAUGUAGGAUUGGUAGUCACAAGAAGUAGACCUGUAAGACUGAGUUUAGUAUGUUCAGUGCUCAAGGAGUACUAAGGAGUGCUAAAAACCAGAGUGACCCUGACAGGUGAUAUGUAUGUGUAUGUGUAUUAUAUUUAGAAUUACUUAUCUUUAUAUUAAUUAUUAUUAGUUCAGACUUUUGAGCAUUUAGGCACAAGUUGUCAAGGCUCUGAAAGCCCAGUUCUAAGCACACAGCUAGUUCCUAUGAAGCAGAUGGAUCUCACUCCAUCUUUAGAUACACAACUGUGCUCAUGGUGUCAAGACCCUUCUUCCCCUAGUUCAGGAGCCUCCUUUGCUGCAUCAAUAGCAACAGGCUGGAGAGCAGCUGGCACCAUUGUACUGGUACAGCUUCUGUGCUACUUUGGAGGUAGAGGAAAAACUUGGGACUGUGCCCCUGGCUUAUUAUCUAUUUUCCUGGCAUCAGCAAAUUUAACGGGGACUUGGCAGGCUUUGUGUCCUGACAGUGAGUGCCAAUGUAAAGUGCAUUAGUACUUGGCAGAGGGAAGGACCAUCUGUUACUGUCCAGGGACAGAUUGAAUUAAAAACGUGCUGGCUCAGAUUUACCCACCAUCUUCUGCUAAAAAUAAGCAGAGCAUAUGAAUAUCUCUACUCCCCAGAAAUAGAGCUGGCCUCCAUCUGACUUACUUACAUUCUUGCCUUUCUGAUGAUGGACUAGUAUCACAUAUAAAUAUGGAAUUAUGUGCUUGAAAGGGCAGGGAUAAAACUGAGUCUGUUGGUGCUGAAAAAUCUUCAACAGACACAAGAAGAGAUGGGUGAUCACACUACCUGUUUUAACAUAGAAAACCUCAAAUUAUCUGACAAAAAGAUCUUGGUGGUCCUGGCCAUCACUUGCCAAAGGACACACCCUUGCCUCUUACGCUGACUGUUGCAGUUUUCAUCAUAAUUCUUCCAGCCUCAGUCUGUGGAGUAGUCAACUUCCACAGUAUCUGCAAAAUGGCAUUAUCUGGGUGUAGCCAUUCGGACGAGAGACAGUCAUUCAUACUCAUACCUAUUUAUGAUGACACAGGCGACUCUGACUAUCAAUGGUGAAGUUCUUCACAUUGCUGGAAAGGCAGAUUUUCACCUGUAUGAUAAUUUCCAUGGAAUUGCUCCUUGUAGCAGGCUAUUUUAAGGCUGCUGUCAAGCAUCUGGCUGUUUUAUGAAUGGUUAGCCAUGGGGAAGGAUGUGAAUAGUGUUUGCACCAACAAAUUCUUCUGCAAAAUCUGCUUGCCUUGGAACAGUUUCCUUACCAGAAAUUUCAUCACCAAUUCACUGGUCAAUUUUUUAUUACUUUUAAAUCUAGCAAGAGAAAGAGCAGUUCUGUGGCCAUAAACCAUAUACUAUUGGUCCCUGUUUCUAUGAGCAUAUACUUAAUUUUGAUUAAGCCAAACAGUCCCACUGGAAUUUCCUACCUCUAGUGUUUUGCCACUAUGGCUUAUAGCAUCUGCUGGACUUUUCUUAAACGUUUUCCCUAUUGGUUUACAGUGCAAAUGAUUAGUUAACUAAAUUCCACAAAUGAGGCCAUUCAGGAAAAUGGCAUUAACAACAGACUUGUAGGGUUUCCUGAAUCAAGACCUAGACAUAAAUACCACAAUAUUUGCAAAGGGAACUGCUGAAUCCCCACCCAUUGCUGUGAAUCUCUGUUUCUCCUCACAGAAUAACACAGACUAUCUGCAGCAUGAAGGACUCUCUUUUUUUUUUUGUGAUGUUUUGCUGUCUCCUUUGCCACAAAUAUCAAGCCAUGUUUUUUAAAGACCUUGGGAGCUGCACAACUGAAGAUUUUUUCUUUGUUUUUGUGGUAGAAACUGACAGAUCCCAAGCUUCCUGAGCAAUCUGGUAGAUAGAUAUUAUCCAAAGAUAUGAGGCAUAUUUCUCUCAGAGAGUUUAUGGUGUGUUAUAUUUAUUAUUAUUUACUUUGGUGGAGUAGGAGGGAAAGGAAGAAUGAAGUUUACAACCAAAAAUAUGAAAUUUCCAGUGGUCAACAUCAGGUGUUUCAGAAGAGAGAACAUCUUCAUCCCUUCAUCCACUGAUAUACACAAUAGAAAGAGGAACACCCAGAGCAGCUGGCUGAACAUAUUCCAUGUAUAAUUGUCACAAAGCCUCAAAAAAUCCUCUGAAAAUGCAUUCUCUUUAGAAGACAAGCACUAAGCUCUUGGUUCCCAAAGGCUAGCUCAGAACAAUUGACCUCUUGGCCUUUAAUUACCCUUAAGAGUCUUUUUUGCCUGUGCUAGAUGGAGGGAAGUCUUAGUGAAUGUGACCCUGGGAGACUUGCGACAAAUAUUUGUGCAAGCUCAUCAAGUAUAAGAAAGAUUGACCGUCAUGAAUUUUAAGUUGAUGUCUUUUCCCCCCUCUAUUGCUCUGAGAAGAAAUAAGCGGAAGAAGCUGACCAGUCUCUGGUUUUGGUGGUGGUGUGGUUUUUUUUUCUUUCCAACUGGGGGGAGGGGUGCUAGCUGAUUUGCUAGCCUUCCUGCCAUGUGCAGGUUUAAUUCUGGCUGCAGAGUAAUUCAGUUUGUUUGGCCGGCUCAUGUAUGUCCUGGAUGGCACAGAUCUUUCUUUUUUUUCAUUUUUUUUUGCCAUUGAAAGGAAAUAACAACACAGUUGAGAAAACUUCUCUAUUUCUAACAACAAGAGCUGAUUUUGUGUGAAUUAGUGCAUGUUUCCCAACCUCUUGCAUAGUAGUAACAAGCAGUCCUGAUUUCCCCUUUUGUGGGAUACACGACACAAAGACAGUUCCUACUAGGCUUGCGUUUAUUCCUGUGCAUCCACAUCCAUCUCCUCACCAGUACUGUCAUUUGCACCUGAAAUACAAAAACUUGAGACUAGACUGCCUUCAGAAGAUGCCUUCAGUCAUCUUUGAAGUAUCUCUGGGAAUGGGCAGCAGUCCCAGCGGGGCUGGGAGAGCAUGGGGAAGGAGAUCACCCUGGAGGUAAGCCCAGGAUGUGGUCCUCCUUCUCUCUCUCCUUAAGGAAAAUCAGGAUUGAGACACGGACAAAUACAAGCAGAGAUUGCUUUUGCCUUUCCAACUACAGUCCCCUGGCCUCUCUGUGCCCAGCCUCUGCCUUCCAUAAAGUCCCAGUGUUGUAUCUGCACCCAUGUGCCUCUCAUCCUCUGUGGUUAGGUAAGGAAACAAAAUGCAAGAUGGUUAUUUUUUCACUGCAAUGAUUUGCUUACAUUUCUCCACUUCCACUGUGUCAGAGGCCUGAGCCUUCUCCCUGUUCUCCAUGGGGUCUGGCUGCCUAUCCUCAAGGCCUGCUCUGACCCAGAGCAGUGAUACCUGGGAUCAGACUGCAGGGAAACAGAUAAGAUGUGUGUGAGAAGAAGCCAUGAGAAGCCUCAUCUGGGGCCUCCUUUGUCAUUCCAGAGCUACUUUUGAGGUCCUGAAUCCCUGUCCAGGCUAUGCUGUGCCAUGCCCUAUCCUGGCCGUGGGGCUGACCCUGGACCCAGGCCAACAUGCUGUCUGAAUAUUUAACUGAAUAUUCUGCUGUCUGAAUAUUCUGUCUGAAUAUUUAACUACUUCAUCAUGUGGGCCUUCUGGGUGAUCACUAGGCUGUGGAUGGCCCUAUCCUUCAUUACUACCAUUAGCCCUGUUCACUGGCUUGUGGUGCAGUAAUCCCUCCACCCUGGUGGACAUGCUGCACAACUGGCAGUGGAAUUUUGUUCUCCAGACAGGAGCCCUUCCAGAAUGUGUCAGAAAAAGUCCCUGGGAUUACCUGGUCCUGCCAUCAUGAGGCUUCUUCCAACUGUAUAAGGGUUGUUUUGCUUCUUGGUGAGCUGGUCCACAACUGGUCUACACCAUAUGUCCCCAUUUCUUGUGACUAAUACCCACAAGCCUUUGACAGCCACAUCCCCUGUCCCCAUCCUUUGCCUACUGUGCUCUGCCCCUCUUUGCCUUCUCACAGCACUCCAGUGGUGGGGUCUCUCCUGCCCCGCUGAUUUGAUCCCGUGUGUGCACAGUUCCAGGAUUCUUUCCUCUUCUGAGCUCUGGUUACUCAUUCUGUUUUUCCCAGACUGGUUCAUUUUUUCAUAUUUGCUCUUCAAAAAUGCCCUUGCCGCUGACAAUAACCAACACACUUGGCUUAUUCCAUUUCCUUGAGAAGAGCCUUGCGGAGUAGGGGUGUUAACACAGGUGGGAGCAGAUCGUAAGAGAUUGCUGUGCUGGGCAUACAUUAGACAAACAAUAGAGUAUUUACCCCAGAAAAUGGACAGCAGGCCAGUGACUGGGAAAAUAAUUAGAGAAUAGAAAUGCAAGGAGCACUUUGACUGUAUUCAUUUCAGUGCAAGACAAGACUUGAUCCUAUGCUGUGGGUGCACAACUGUGCAUUGUGGGCUUCAGGGGUCAAAUCCUAGCUUUCCUCCCUCAUUCAGCACUAUAGAGAGAAACAAAGCCAAAUGCUUACUUCUGGCAGGUAUUAAAGAAAGCCAAGGAUCUCGAUGCCAGUAAUACACAUUUGCAAAGCACGUGUUUACUCUGUUUUUUCAGCAGCCUGGCAUUAGCCUAAUCUUACAUACUAUCAGGGUGGCUGUGUGCUUCUGUAGAAAGUGUAUGUGCUAUUGCAUGUCCAUGAGAUGAAUGGUGGGGAGGUUUCAUAUAGCCCACGUAGCAGUGUCACACGCUGCACAGCUCUGUGGGCACUGUUCUAACAACUGGCUGAGGUUGAAGCCAGGAUCUCUCUGUGUAGUUAAUGGAAAGAAAGAACUUGACUGACUUACCCUUCACAGCAGCACUUUUUUCCAGCAGUGGUAAAGAUGGAAGGCCAGGUAGUAAGGGGCAGGGUGGAAAAAUGCUGGUGUUCUGCUGGCUGACAUUGCCCCCUAGACGUUUUUAAACCACUGUUAUUGAAUCCUCAUGUGCAAAUCUUGUUUUUACCGUGUCUCCCACACUCAGGAUUAAUGAAUUAAUUAUUGAAAACUGACAGCUAUUUGCUGAUCUGUUAAGUUUCUGGCCUCAGAUAAAGGUGUAGAGACAGCUAUUGUGCAUCUGAGGAAUCAAACAUCUUGAAUGCAAUCUUGUCUAAUAUACAUAUAUAAAUUCUGCAGCGAAAAUCUCACCUGAAGAUUGCUAAUGUUGCAAAUCAAGGCAGAAUGAAGAACACUUGUGUAACUGGGCUUCUUAAAAAUAGUUUUUUUUUCCCAAGGAUAAACCAAAUAUUGUGGGAAGUUGGGGCAUCACCAAACUCUUGAAGCCCAUCCCAUUUUGCACUCCUGGUCCCAUCCCAAGCCAACCCUCUCUCCCCGAAUCCUGAUCCCUUCACUUGCGGCCCAUUCUUAAGCUGGAGUGAGGUGAGAGUCUGGGAAAAGCACCAUCCAAAUGGACUUAGCCAGAAGCUGUAUCCUUUUGCCCAGGCACAGGAGAAACACCUGGCAUCUAUAACCUAACAUGGCACAUUUGACUUGCUUGUUUGGUAGUCUUCUAUACAUAAAAAAACUACAUUAAAUGGCAGGAUGCUGCAUGUUGCUUUCUCAUGGCUUCUGACAGAGAGACUUCUUCCUUGGUGCAGGCUUCAUGGCUGCUUGGCAGCUUUGUCAAUCUCCCUUUGAAUGCUCUGUGCUCCCUGCAGAAAAGUCAGUUACUUCUGGACCUCCGGCAUGUGUCUUCUGGAUGGAGAGGUGUCCUCGGUGGACACUGGUUGCUGCAGUCCUUGAGACAGGGCGGAGUGAGGCAGCUUGAGAUGCAGCAGCUGCAGCCUGGAGGUGGUAGUGACAGUUUAUAAGUAAUAAUCUGGCAAAUUUUCCACGGUGAUGAGACUCAGAAAAUAAUUGUGUUUUUUUUUCCUCUUUGCUGGCAUUCUUUCUGAGUGUUUUAAUGGGCACACUUUGCAGUUUCAGGUAUUUCUUCAGCAUGGGUAGACCUCAGAAAUCCUUUGUUUCUUUAUACAUAUGAGGAAAUGCUCUCAUAUUUCCCUGUUCAGCUCUUGGCACAUUGAGAAAGACACUGCAUAAACUGUGCAAGAUCUAUGAUGAAACCAAGUGACUUGGCAGUCAGAGUAUGGCUCCCCAGGAGAGGUCAUAUGCUCACGAUAGAUUCGUUAUCCCCAGGAUCAUGUGUGCCUUUUGUAACUACACCACAAAACUC